AAAAAGUGAGGCAGGAAAGCAGCUCGAUGUGUCUGUCUAUCAGUUGAGACUGUCUGAAAGCUCUGCGAUCCGAAUGUGUGUUAUAUUUCACUGAAAAGAGGAGAGAGGGAGAGCGCAUCUCCUCUCUCCCAGGAGUUUGGGGGGGGACAGUACACGCUCAUCUCGCCCACCCAGUGAAUGUCCGCUCUUCACCCCCUCGGCGCACACUCUGCGGGUUGUUGUUGGCUUUUUUUUUUGAGGGGGGGGGUGCUUUUUGUGUGUUUUUCAAAAAAAUUUUUUUCUGUUGGAAGAUCAAGACCGGCCAAAAAUCCUCGAUCAAAAUGUGUUUGCAUUAGAUUUCUCUUCGGAAGAAGCGGCGAUCCUGGCGGCCAAGCCCCCCCGGGGCAGCGCGGGGUACCAAGUGGCGCUCCGGCGGGUGACACUGUUUGAUCUGUGACUGUUUGGAAGGUGGAGCAGCGCUGACAUCUCCCCCGGCGCAUCUUAUGUUCCCGAGGAAGAACUGAAGGCAGCUGAGAUAGAUGAAGAACACGUGGAGGAUGGUGGGCUGUCUUUGGACAUCCAGGAGAGCGAAUUUGUGUGCAAUGAAGAGACAGAGAUCAAAGAGGCCCAGAGCUAUCAGAACUCCCCAGUCAGCACUGCUACCAAUCAGGACGCUGGUUAUGGGUCACCUUUCAGCGAGAGCAGCGACCAGCUGGGCCAUUUCAAAAGCUCCUCCUCCAGAGAAGAGAAGGAGGAGCCACAGUGUCCAGACAACAUCUCGUACCCCCAGGACAGCUUGGCACAAAUCAAAGCUGUGUAUGCAAACUUGUUCUCAGAGUCCUGCUGGUCUAGCUUAGCUUUGGAUUUAAAGAAGUCUAGUUCAGCCACCAGCAACAGUGAUGCUGGCCAGAAGGAAAGCUCCACGCCUACCCCCACGCCCCCCACGAGUACCGCCAGCACCUCCAGUACCACAGCCACCACGGCCAUUACCAGCUGCAGCACCAGCACCAGCCACAGUAGCACCACCAGUAACAGUAACGGCUCAGGGUACGACUGGCACCAGGCUGCCCUGGCCAAGACAUUGCAGCAGACUUCAUCAUAUGGCUUACUGCCCGAGCCCAGCCUGUUCAGCACCGUGCAGCUCUACCGACAGAACAACAAGCUGUAUGGCUCUGUGUUCACAGGUGCCAGCAAGUUCAGGUGCAAAGACUGCAGUGCAGCCUAUGACACGCUAGUAGAACUGACAGUGCACAUGAAUGAGACGGGUCACUACCGCGAUGACAACAGGGACAAGGACUCUGAGAAGACCAAGCGGUGGUCCAAGCCCAGGAAACGCUCCCUGAUGGAGAUGGAGGGGAAAGAAGAUGCACAGAAGGUGCUGAAGUGCAUGUACUGUGGACAUUCCUUUGAGUCCUUGCAAGACCUCAGUGUCCACAUGAUCAAAACAAAGCAUUACCAGAAAGUGCCUCUGAAGGAGCCUGUGCCAGCCAUCACCAAACUGGUCCCUUCCACCAAGAAGCGAGCACUUCAGGACCUGGUGUCCCCUUGCUCCCCAGAGCCCACAGGCAUGGCUGCUGAGGUUGCACUGAGCGAGUCGGCUAAGGACCAGAAAACAGCUAACCCGUACGUUACACCCAAUAACCGCUAUGGCUACCAGAACGGUGCUAGUUACACAUGGCAGUUUGAGGCCCGCAAAGCCCAGAUUCUCAAGUGCAUGGAAUGUGGCAGUUCCCAUGAUACCUUGCAGCAGCUCACAGCCCACAUGAUGGUCACUGGCCAUUUCUUAAAGGUGACGACAUCUGCCUCCAAGAAAGGAAAACAGCUGGUGCUGGACCCUGUGGUGGAAGAGAAGAUUCAGUCCAUCCCCUUGCCCCCCACCACUCAUACCCGGCUGCCUGCCUCCAGCAUCAAGAAACAGCCUGACUCCCCGGCAGGCUCUGCAGCCUCAGAAGAAAAGAAAGAGCCGGAGAAGGAGAAGGCUCCCCCAGUUGCCGGGGACACAGAGAGGAAAAUCAAAGAGGAGAAUGAGGACACCACUGAGAAGUUUGAGCCCACAGCCCUCUAUCAGUACUUGCGUGAGGAGGACCUGGACGAGAGUCCCAAGGGAGGCGUGGAUAUCCUGAAGUCCCUUGAGAACACCGUGUCCACAGCCAUCAGCAAAGCCCAGAAUGGUGCCCCCUCAUGGGGCGGCUACCCCAGCAUUCAUGCGGCCUAUCAGCUGCCGGGCACAGUGAAACCACUGCAGGCGACCGUACAGAGUGUGCAAGUCCAGCCGUCUUACGCCAGCAGUGUGAAGUCACUGUCUUCCACAGAGCACAAUGCCCUCCUACACUCCCCAGGGAGCCUUACACCUCCACCCCAUAAGAGCAACGUGUCUGCCAUGGAGGAGUUGGUGGAGAAGGUCACGGGCAAGGUCAGCAUCAAGAAGGAGGAGAGGCCUGCUGAAAAGGAGAAAAGCUCUCCUGUCAAGGCCACCUCCCCUGUGGCAAAGGAGAACAAAGAUUUUCCUAAGUCAGAGGAAACUGGCAGCAGGCAACAGAAGAAGGGCCCAGAUGUGGAAACUGGAAAAGCCAAAAAGGAGGGUCCAUUAGAUGCUCACACACCAAAUGGUACAGAGCCUCUCAAAGCCAAGGUCACCAAUGGCUGCAGUAACCUGGGUAUCAUCACUGAUCACUCACCAGAACCUUCCUUCAUCAACCCACUGAGUGCUUUGCAGUCCAUCAUGAACACCCACCUGGGAAAGGUGUCCAAGCCUGUGAGCCCCUCUCUAGACCCACUGGCAAUGCUCUACAAAAUCAGCAACAGCAUGCUGGAUAAGCCUGUCUACCCCACCACCCCUGCCAAGCAGGCUGAUGCCAUUGAUCGCUACUACUAUGAGAAUAGUGACCAGCCCAUUGACCUGACCAAGUCCAAGAACAAACCCCUGGUCUCUGGCGUGGCUGAUGCUGUGUCCUCGCCUCUGCGAGAGAGCGCCCUCAUGGAUAUCUCCGACAUGGUAAAAAACCUCACGGGCCGUUUGACCCCCAAGUCCUCUACACCCUCCACAGUGUCAGAGAAGUCAGAUGCAGAUGGCAGCAGCUUUGAGGAGGCGCUAGAUGAGCUGUCACCUGUCCACAAAAGGAAGGGGCGCCAAUCCAACUGGAACCCACAGCACUUACUCAUCCUCCAGGCCCAAUUUGCCUCAAGCCUGAGGGAGACAGCAGAGGGCAAGUACAUCAUGUCAGACCUGGGCCCUCAGGAGCGGGUCCACAUCUCCAAAUUCACAGGCCUUUCCAUGACCACCAUCAGCCACUGGCUGGCCAAUGUGAAGUAUCAGCUUCGGAGGACAGGGGGAACGAAGUUCCUUAAGAACCUUGACACAGGGCAUCCUGUUUUCUUUUGCAACGAUUGUGCCUCUCAGUUCAGAACUGCUUCCACAUACAUCAGCCACCUGGAGACGCACCUGGGCUUCAGCUUGAAGGACCUCUCCAAGCUGCCACUCAGUCAGAUUCAAGAGCAGCAGAGCGUCUCCAAAGUCCUUGUCAACAAGACUCUGGGCCCGCUGGGGGCAGCCGAGGAAGACCUGGGCUCCACAUUCCAGUGCAAGCUCUGCAACCGGACUUUUGCUAGCAAGCACGCAGUGAAACUGCACCUUAGUAAGACGCAUGGAAAGUCGCCAGAGGACCACCUGAUCUAUGUGACCGAGCUGGAGAAGCAAUAGCGUCCAGGUAUGCAAGUGACUGCGGAACAUUGCACUAGACGUCGUCGUCGCCCUGCACUAGGCCUGGCCUGAGCCGCUGAAAUCAGUCUUUCCUUUGUUGCUGAACUGCCUAUCUGGACUUCGUUUUUCUUACACAUAUUUUGUAGUUAUAUUUAUAUGCUCUUUGUCUGAUCUGUGCAUGUUAUUUUUCUUUUUUCCGUGAGUCAAAGUCUGACCUUUAUUUUCGGCAUCUGUUCUUGAUGUUAAGCUAUCUUUUGUAGGAAAUAGUGGGGCACACUACUCGGAGACAUUAUUUAGCAGUAAAGAAAGACACAAAUAGCAAUGAUAAAGAGACAUCCUAAAAUUGUGAACUUGCUAUGACAAUAAAGGUCACAGGAUCUGGUAGUGUCAAGUUUAACCCUUUAAGGACUUUAUCUCUGUGCCUUUCACUCAAAAAUUUUAAAAAAAGAAAGAAAGAAAAAAGGAAAAAAAGGCGCUUAAAGGCAUUUCAUUCAGAUCAAAAGCUGUGUCAGACACAAAACUUAUUUAAUAAUUAAAAAAUGAGCUUUUAUAUGCAGGACUGGUUUGUGAGGAGCCAUGCAUGCAGCGGUUGGAGACAGAAAGCUGUCUAGGACUCAUGGGGUUAGGAAGCCACAACUUUACGUGUUUGAAACAAACAGCAAGCAAAACAAAAACAACAAAUACCCCAGUUGCCACUAUGCCCAAACCCCCUGGAUGCUGAAAAAUGCCACUUUUGGCAAAAAAGUAUGCAAGCUUAUUAUUUAAAAAUGUGUAAAAAUGCUAUUUCUUUUUUUCCUGUAAAAUAUUGCGGUUUAUAGUUAUUUACAAAUGUAAGCUUUGGUAUCAGCUGACCUUUCUAUAGCGUGAUGCAUUGAUAAAUGAGAAAAAAAUACAGAAAAAAUCAAAAAAAAAUGGGGCAAAUGUUGGAUCUUUUCCUUGUAAAUUGCCAGUGUCAGCUUCAACACGCCUGUAUGUUACAUACCAUAUCAUUUUAAUCUAUUCAACUUUCUUUGUACCUUCUGGCUGUAUGCUUUCUCUUUUAACUUUUUAUAUUGUCAUUUUAUAUUAAAUUCUGUGUAUAUAAUGUAAAACCACGAUUUUUGGAUAAAAUUUAGUUCCUGCAGCUUGAUUUAAAUAGAGAAAUUUACUGGCACCUGCAUCUUCUCAGAUGCAUGUACUCAGAGGAACUAUCAGACAAAAAUAAAUAAAUAAAAACAGAGCAAGCAAUGCACUAUUAAUUAUACAUUUUGAUGUCCCGUCAUUAAUAUUGUACAGUACAUUUUGGUUCACACAAUUAAAUCCACUGUUUUCUCAAAUGUAAAAUAAACCCACACGCAGUUCUUGAUUUA